AUGGCAAACAAACAGGCUCACGAGAUCAUUGUCGUCUAUUUCAAGGACGGCAUCGAUUACAAGGAGCAGCUUGAAACUAUGAAGCAGAUCGGGAUCAACUCCGCUAAAACUGAAGGAUUUGUUUCCCGAGAGAUUUUUCACUGUGAGCCCGACAAUCGUUGGGUCGACUAUUUCAUUUGGCGCGACAUGGCAGCAGCAGAUGAGUCAAUCGAAAACUCCAAAAAGAUCCCUGGCGCUGCGGAACUGUUCGCGAAGAUCGAUCAAGAAAAGAGCGUCUGGUCGCGUUAUUACAAGGUGUCCGAUAAAUAA